AUGAGUCUGUUUGUUUCAGUUGAAUUUUCUACGCCUCCAGUGAUCGAACCUGGUUCUGACAGCAAAAUACCGAAGUCAUUGAAGAAUUGUUCAUCUGCAGAUCCGGUAAAGGAGCCGCAGUCUUCGUCGAAUUUUUCAUCGGCGGACUCAUUGGAGAAAGGUCAAGGUGUUGUGAAACCUUCAUCAUCAGAUUCGGUUGAUCCAGUUCCUUCGCUAGAUUCGUUAAAGAAUCCAUGA